GCCUCCCCAACACCAAUGAGCUCCCCCUCCCACACCCCCAGUCCGUCCCCCACCCAGUCCCCCUCCCAGUCCCGCUCCAACAACAUCGUAGCCCCUUCAGCCCAGCAGCCCUACGGGAGCUCGGGAGGCUCGAACCCCUCCCCGUCGCCCACCCGCGGGGGCACCUCCUCCCGGCCCCCCUCCCACCCGCCCACACCCACCACCUCGCAGCCCUCCUCGCGGGCAUCCUCCCUCACCCCCAGCCCCCACAUCCAGCAUGUGCCACGAGGCGGCAGCGGCGGCGGCCAGCUGUCCACCCCGCCGCCCUCCAAGUCCCCCUCGCAGUCGGGCCUGAAGGCGCUGUCCCGCAACCCGUCGCUCACGCCCCCGGCGCCCUUCGCCGGCAGGUCGCUCUCGCAGAGCCCCGCGACCUCGGCCUCCUACAUCGGCCCGGUGCGGGGCAUCCCGUCCUACAUCGCCCCCUACGUGCCUCGCUUCCUGAAGGAGCCGCCCUUUUUCGAGCCGCCCACUGCGCCCCUGCCCCAGAACCGCUGCUUCCCGUGCGCCUUCCCCUGCCCGCGCCCGGAGCCGCCGCCGCCCCCGGCCUCGCUCUACUUCCCGCUGCUGCCCCCGCCGCCACACGACCCGCAGUCCACCUGCUCCUUCCAGACGCCGCCGGCCCUCUUCACCCCGCCCUCGUCGCUGUCCUACUGCCCACCCGUGGAGGUGCUGCUGCGCGGGAAGCCGCACGUAGUGCCCUCGGUGCUGCCCGCCACCUUCUACACGCCCUUCUCGCGCUACUACUCGCAGCCGCGGCCACGCCGCACCCUGAUGCGCCGCCGCCCCAGCGCCUUCCCCCUGCCCGCGCUGCCCAACCUGUCCUACGACAGCCCUGGACGCUCUGUCCAUUUCUACCGUGGCUCCUAGGCCUGACAUCUAUUUUGGACCCGAAACCUCUGCCAGGAAGUUCAAGCUGCUUCAUCCAGCCUUCAUCAGCUACGUGAAGGAGAGGUUUUUGAAAUCACAAUUGAUCAACACGCAAUUUAGUAACAUAUAUAUGCCUUCGACCGGAGCC